CCCCGCCCCGCUUUUCAUUGGCCGACGGAGCCUUUUUGCCAUUUCAAGUGCGAGCUGGGAAGCGUCCGAGCGCAACUCAAAGGCGAGGCCAGAUCGAUAAGAAACGCCAACUUCGUGCGGCCGACCGCCAUCGCCCUCCUCAAGACAACCUUUCAACGCGGAUCUAUCAUUCCAUCCAGGGACUCUUGGGGUCAAGCACGAUUUGUCACUUUUCUUUUUUCUUUAAAUCGGAAGAUCUGAUUUCAUAGGCGGCGGCUCCUCCUCCUCCUCUUCUUCGGGCCUAACUUGUUCCGCAGGUGGCGGAAACCGGAACCCUUUGGACCCGGAACGGAAGGAAAGAGGGAACGAAGCAGAAGCGGCAGCAGGAGCCCUUUUGGUUUUUUGUCCUCCGCCGCAGGUCACGUGGUGGUGGCACGACCGCUCCUUCUUCCGCUGCUUCCCCCCCCCUCUGUGCCGCCCUCCCCCGCGGCGGAGAGCCCGGUGCGGCUGCAGCAUGGCGGACACGACCUCCCAGCUGCUGCUGGGCUCCGGCCUCACGGUGCUCUCGCAGCCGCUCAUGUACGUGAAGGUGCUAGUGCAGGUGGGAUAUGAACCCCUCCCUCCAACUCUGGGAAGAAAUAUUUUUGGUCGGCAAGUCUAUCAACUGCCUGGUCUCUUUGCUUAUGCAAAGCACAUUAUGAAGAUUGAUGGGAGGGCUGGACUCUUCAAAGGUUUAGCUCCUAGACUCUGCUCAGGAGCCAUUGGCACUGUAGUACACAGUAAAGUUUUACAGCAAUGCCAGAAUGCUGACCAAAGUGAGGAAUUAGGGAAUACUCACAAAGAAUCUGGCUCCUCUUUCGAUCAAGUUAUCAAGGAGACCUCUCAAGAGAUGAUUGCACGUUCUGCUGCUACGUUAGUCACCCACCCAUUUCAUGUGAUCACCUUGAGGUGUAUGGUGCAGUUCAUUGGCAGAGAGACCAAAUACAGCGGAGUGUUUAGCUCUUUCGUCACCAUAUACCGGGAAGAGGGCAUCUUUGGAUUUUUUGCAGGCCUGAUUCCCCGUCUGCUUGGAGACAUCCUAUCCUUGUGGCUUUGUAAUAUGCUGGCCUACCUCAUCAAUACCUAUGUACUGGAGAAUGGGGUCUCCACCAUGACUGAGAUGAAGGGUUACUCUCAGGCUGUCACUGGAUUCUUUAGCAGUAUGCUGACCUACCCUUUCGUACUUGUUUCAAACCUAAUGGCCAUUAAUAGCUGUGGGCUCGCUGCUGGCUUCCCACCUUAUGCACCAGCGUACACCUCCUGGUUACAUUGCUGGAGCCAGUUGCAUAGGGAGGGCAACAUGAGCCGAGGCAACAGCCUGUUUUUCCGGAAGGUGCCUACAGGAAAACGAUAUGUGUGGGAAGAAAAGAGAUUUCAAUGAGUCCACAGCCUUUUGUGGCUGCUUCAGAUACACAGAAUGAUGGCAGUGUGUUGAUUUCUAUACAGUUUUUUUUUUUAAAAAAAUAAUCAUUUAACCUUGGGAAAUGGACUUGACCGUGAGCAUGACUUAAUGACAAAAGUAAAAGUUCCCCGCUCUGAAACAUUUGGGUAAUUGCCAAAAAGCUGCCAGUCUUGAGGUGGGGCGGGGGGAGGAAUGGAGGUUUACUGUUAGUGAAUAGGGGUAUUUUUUUAACUUUCUCCAGAGAAAACCAUCUAUGUUGGGAAUACUCUGCCCCUCAUGUUCUUGCUAUACUACUGCAACUUUGGUUGCAAAGCCAUGGAAAUAAGCUGCUCCUGGAAUGAGAUGGGUUCUGUUUGGCCUUGUGCAUUUUAUUUGCAGCUGCCAGAUCAAGUUGGGGAACGUGGACCAAUUUUUUUUUCCUCGCCCAGGGAGAAAGUCAUUUCUUAGUCUUCAUUCUUUUAAACAUAUUGUUAAACAUUGCUUUAGUUUUAAGCCCAAAGGAUGAGUCUGAUUGUCUGUACAGAAGGCUUGGCGUUACCAGGAAGCAACUACAGCCUAUGAUCUGCCACUGAGCAGAUUCAGAAAUCAUCUCUGGCUGUUUCUGCAAAAUGCUUGAGGGAGCUUUACUUUUGAUGGCCACUGAAAGCUGAUGCCAUUUUUCAAUAGAUCACAGUAUGGAUUAAGAAAUGCUUUUCCAAAGUCAACACAAAUGUUUAAAAAGGAAGAUCUUGUUAUGGGGAGAAAACCACUUAAUUGGUUUUUUCCCCACGCUGCCCACAAGUAAACUCACAAUAGGGAUAGCUUUAAUCUAAAUUGAAUUCUGUGCAAUAUUUCAGUCAAAAGUUGAGCUUUGAAGCUUUUGGGCAUAAAAGUCUUUCAUCUGGCAUUCUUGAGUAGCUUCUAAAUAAAUAACUAUCUUUUGAAGAUAGCUAUUCUGACCCAGGAUGGAAAGGUAUGAAGUAGAGUCCUUUGGGUACAAGAGAUUCCAAAAGAGGUGAGGUUACCCUUUAUAGUUGUGCCUGGAAAAAAAUGCUGUUCAAAAAUGUGAUCAUGAAACUUACUGGCAGUGCAGAAUGUUACGGGGUUAAUUCAAUAUGCUCUUAAAAUUCUAUUAGGAUUUUAUAAUGCCAAUAAAUCUAUAAGUGUAACUGGAGGACAUAAUUGAUAUACAUUUGUAAUAUGGUCCUACCAGCUACCCAAUGUGAUAGACCAUAAGCUUGAUCCCAUGUCUUCAUCUUGUGUUAUCUAUGUCUCUAUCUGGUAGAACAAGAGCUUUUUCUGUCCAUUUUUUAUUUUUAAAAAGAGAAGAUUAUCCAUAUUUGAUCAUGCCACAGUCCCAAAAGAAAUUGUUAAGUAGGUGGGAAAUUUAGAUUGUGAGCUGUCCGAUUCUAAAGUUUGUUGCCUCCAUAUAGUUGAGUUAUAAUAUAAUGAUGACUAGCAAUUCAGCAAGGGUUACAUUUCCACACACCUGCUCCUUGUAACCCCUCUAAAUGGCAUUUAAGAUUUUUUUUUUAAAUUUUGGGAUUAGAAAAGGCCAGCUGUUUUUGGCAUGAUAGAUGAACAAGUAGAGAUAAUUAACAAAUACCCAUGGUGUGUUAUGUUGUGAAACGAGGAAUGCAGAAAAAGUAAAUACAUGUGAAUUCUCCUAGUGACUGCUACAUGCCAUGAUGCACUUGGGCAAGAUGUUUAGAAUUUGAAGGGGCUAAGGUAGCUUCAAAAAUUAAGCUGAAGAGGCUUAAAGUCCUACUCAGGAAUAUAUCUUUCUGGUAAACUCUUGACAACUGAAUGUGUUCUCCAGACCUUGUGGUAUGAUAGUCCUUGACUCCUAUAAGAGCCUGGGGCCCUGUGGCUUUGUUUAAAUAGCCCCAAACCCAUGUUCUGAUGCUUAAAAAUGGUGACUUUAUUCUUCUCACUGAUAAACUGAGAAAUGGUUCUUCAGUUAUUCUUAAAAUAUCUUGUCAGCAGUAUGAUUUUUUCGGUGGGGUGGGGGAGGAAUGGUUCAGGCUAGUGGAAUCUAUGUCUUAACAUCCAUUGGUCUUCAGAACACUGCAUUUUACAAAUGCAGGCAUCAACUGGAGUAUUAUAGUCAGAAAUCAAAUAUUAUACAGUGUUUAUCUUAUUCAUUAUUUGGGAUUCACAUUUGGGAUCUCCAAAACUAUUUUUAUCAUUUUACUGAGCCUCUAUGACUGUGUCAAAAUGGUGUUAACAUGUCAGAACAUAUUGAAGAAACUACAUUCUUGCAUGCUCGAGCUAUCCAGCCUGCUGGAAGAUCUCAUUCAAUGACUGCUGUCUGUCAUUGGAAGGUUUGGGAAUCCCAGUUCAUAAUUUGAUAGCCAAAGUACUGAUUAAAUUCUAAUAUAAAGUUAUCCGAUAUCAAAAGGAAAGGUAAUGGCGUUAUAGUUUGCAAUGGUAUACGGUACUUUACAGUCUAAUGUUCUGUUGAACUUGCUACUUCUUAUGACAUAAGCAGUGCACAUACUAUAGAUUCUCCAGAACAUCAUUCUUUCAUGAGUAAUCCAUAUAAUUUCUUGGCUAAUUCUGCUACUACCAUCUAAGUACAGUUUUUGCCAUGGCAUGAGUUCAAAAACGAAUCUGCAUAAUCCCAAAGGGAGCAUCUACCAGUGUUCAGAAGAAAACUGAUAGGGAACCAGCCUUGGCAUUUAAAUCUUGCUUGAGAUAAAAUUUGGUUCUAAAUUUCAAGUCUCUAUCUGGUGAUGAGAUUAUGAUCUUAUGUCCAUUAUGAUCUUAUAUGAACCAAAAACAUGUGACUGAAUUUUCUGGAGUUUUUCUAGAUCCAAGUACAAUGUCCUUUUCCAUUGUAUUUGGUAGAUAUGUAUUCAGCUCCCUUGCAAAUGAAUGGCCGCAAUUCCUCAUUUUGCUGAAUGUUUAGCUAGUGGAAUGUCGCUAUAUCUGUCUUUCAUAAAGCCCGUAAUUAAGAUGGGAAGAUGAGGUAGCCGUUAUGUGGUUAUCUUUGUCUUGCCCAGAAGAGUGACUCGGGCAUGUGGGAUUGGGGGAAUGAGAAAGAAUCAUCUUUUAAUUGUGCAAGACAUAGAAAGAUAGAAGAGUGAUCUCUAUUGUUCAAAAGGAUUUCUUUCCUGAAAAAUAGAAAAAAUUAGACAGAAAAGUGCUAUUGGAUUUGUGAGCAGGAUUGCUGCAAGUCUUUUUCUGGUUUACAAAUUCCAGCUGACAUUUACAUAUGCAGAAAAAACAUGCAGUACUUGGCUCCUGGGUAUCUACUAAGCCUGCUCUAAAAAUAUAACACACCCAUUCUAAAAUUCUUGCUUAGGAUUGGUUGCCCUGAUUCAGGACUGUAGUCAAUGAAAAUCAGUAUUUUAUAUUUCUAAUCUAUUGCUAAGUGUCUGCUUCCUAUGUUUUUAACGUGACCUGGAGUUCGAUGUAUCAGCAUAUGGCAGGUUUUCAUAUGAAAUAAGUUGAGAU